AUGCUUUCCCGAGUUGCGCUUCAUUUAACUUGUCGUGGUUCAUUAUGUCUUCGCAAUACACGCCUUAUUUUUCCUUCAAAUCCAUAUCGUCGUUUAUUUGAAUUACCUAGACGUGGUGAAAUACGUCCAUGGUAUCGUCGUUUUUGGCCAUUAACUAUCACAUUUACUAUUGUUUCGGCUGGUAUACCAAUCUGUUAUAUUAUUUAUAGAGAUUUUCCUCGAAUUCAGUUAUGGAUAAAUAAAGACAAAUUAUCUCAAGAAAAUUUUGAUGAAAAUACUGAAUCUGUAACUCAAUCAGAACUUGAUACACUUCUUUCACAAACACAACAAUUGCUUAAUUCAGAACUUUAUUUAAAUCGUUCAUCAGCUUUUAUUGUACCUAUACGUUUAUUCUUUCGUACACUUAAACUUAUUAUUGUUUUUACUCCUCUUAUUAUUUUUUAUUUUUAUCAAGACAAAUUUGCUCCACAUUUAUAUGAAAAAUGGUGUUUUGCACUUAGACGAUCAUUUGAAUAUUGUGGUCCUUGUUUUAUUAAACUUGGUCAAUGGAUGGCAACUCGACCUGAUCUAUUUUCUGCUCAGUUUUGUUUCAUAUUUAAUGAACUUCAUUCUAAUGCACCAACACAUUCAGAAUCUGCAACACGAAAAUUAUUACGUGAAAAUAAUAUAAAUAUUGAUUCACCAUCAUCAUCCAAUUUUCUUUCAAAGCCAAUAGCAAGUGGUGCUAUAGCACAAGUCUAUCGAUGUAAAAUUGGUAAUCAAGAUUUAAUAAUGAAAAUUCGUCAUCCUGGUGUUCAAAAUGAAAUUUAUUAUGAUUUAAAAAUUUUAAAUAUUCUUACACGUUUAUUAACAAAAUUUGUAUCAAAACAAACAUUUCAAUGGCUUAAUAUUGAAGAUAAUAUUCAAUCAUUUACUAAAAAUAUGUUAUUACAAACAAAUUUAAUGAUUGAAACAAAAAAUUUACAAAUAUUUGAAAGAAAUUUUCAAAAAUAUAAACCAAAUAUAUGUUUUCCACAUUUUGAUCCAUCAUUACCAUCAACACAAGAUAUUCUUUUUGAAACAUAUGAAAAUGGACAAUUAUUAAAUACAUUUAUGGAAACAUGUAAAGAUAUAAAAAUUAGAAAAAAAUUAGCAUAUCUUGGUGUUAAUGCUUAUUUAAAAAUGCUCUUUGUUGAUAAUUUCGUUCAUGCAGAUCUUCAUCCAGGUAAUAUUCUUGUUCGUCUUGACGAUAAUUCACCUCGUGAACCAAUUAUAAUAUUUAUCGAUGUUGGUUUAACAUCUUCACUUAAUCGGAGAGAUAAAAAGAAUUUUUAUGAUUUAUUUCGUGCAAUAGUAAAUUAUAAUGGUAUAGAAGCAGCAACAUUAUUGAUAGAACGUGCUCCAAAUGCUAAUGAAAUUGAUGAUCAAUCAAGAAUUGGUUUUCAAAAAGAUAUGUCUAAAUUAAUCGAUAGUGUUCUUAAAACUCCAUUAAAACAACUUGAAGUUGGAUUAGUUUUACGUAAUGUAUUAGAUUUAGGAAAAAAAUAUCGUAUUCAAAUGGAAUCGAAUUUUACAACACUCGCUCUUGGAACAAUUAUUAUUGAAGGUAUUGGUCGACAACUUGAUCCAGAUUUUGAUUUUGUUAGUGCUGCUAAACCUUAUUUACAAAAAGAUUUUCAACUUGUUAAAAUGUAUUUAAAUAGUGUUUUUCAACGAAAUGUAGUUAAUACAUCGUGGUGGUCACGAUUAUUUACCACGAAUACAUAUAGUUCAGCUUAA